AUGAUUCAAACAGAAAAUAAAUAUAAUUUAAUAAAAAUAUGGCACUGUUAAUUAAAACUCAACUUGAAAUCAAAUUUAUCUUUUUCAAUUAAAUGUGUUGUUUAGAAUAAUAUUAAAUGCUUUUGUAAAAAUUUGAUAUAUAAGAGCUAUAUUAAUGUUACUAUCAUAGGUACAUUUGAAUAAAAUUUAUUAUUUUUGAAGAAAAAUAUUUAUGAAAUACAAUUCUACAAUCCAAAAAUAAAUCCUAAAGAUUUAGAAUGA